GUUUGCUGCUGCUGCGGAAAUGGGGGAGUACGGAGUUGUGCCAGGCCAGCACGUGGCCAUCGUCUGGGACAGCUCCUCGCCGGUUGAAGCCCUGAAGGAUUUGGUGGCUAAAAUUCAGGCGCUGGUGGGAGCUGAUAAUCGUGUCUCUGUGGAAAACAUUAACCAGCUGUCUCAGUCGGCUCACGGGGAGUCCAGUUUUGAUGUAAUUCUCUCUGGCAUGGUACCAGGCAGUACAGCGCAGCACAGCGCGGAGGUACUAGCAGAACUAGCUCGGAUACUUAAGCCGGGGGGCCGUGUCCUCCUGAAAGAACUGGUGAUUACAGAAUCAGGAAACAACAGCAGAAUCAAGACAGCAGCCAAACUCCUCACAGCUCUGACUCUCUCUGGGUUGGUGGAAGUGAAGGAGCUGCAAAAGGAAGCGUUGACCCCGGAGGAGGCCCAGUCGGUCCGAGAACAUUUGGGUUACCAAGGCAAUGGCCUUCUCAUUGUUCAGAUAGAAGGCAGGAAGCCCAAUUUUGAAGUGGGUUCCUCAAGUCAGCUCAAACUUUCCUUUGCCAAGAAAGCUGGUCCUUCAGGAAAACCCUCUGUGGACCCAGCGACUGCCAAGCUGUGGACACUCUCUGCCAAUGAUAUGAAUGAUGAAGAGAUGGAUCUUUUGGACUCUGAUGAGCUGUUGGACUCAGAGGAUUUGAAAAAGCCAGAUCCAUCGUCCCUCAGAGCUCCAUCCUGCAAAGAAAUGGGCAAAAAGAAAGCCUGCAAGAACUGCACAUGUGGCCUGGCUGAAGAGCUGGAACAGGAGAAGAAGAGCUCACAGCCCAAAUCUGCCUGUGGAAACUGCUACCUGGGGGAUGCGUUCCGCUGUGCCAGCUGCCCUUACCUGGGGAUGCCCGCCUUCAAGCCUGGGGAAAAGAUUCUCCUGAAAGAGAACCAGCUGCAUGAUGCCUAACAAAGACGUCUCUGGAUGUCCUGCGAAGGACUCCUCUGCUUCUCCAUCAGUCUGAGGUUCUUCCUGCAGUCCUCCUCAUCCUCUCAAACUCAUGUUCUCUGGCCAAUACCCCUUGUGGGGAGGGACACUGUGGGCACUGACACUGCUGUGAGCUCAUCACUUGUAAUCAGCCUUGGGCUACCUGGUAAUCUUUGGUGACAAGUGGUCUCAUAUGUAUUAGACUUCAUGUUAUGUCUUGUUUUAGCUGGCUUGACUUGAUACUGGGAUGCUGGCUGUCACAGCAUGUCCCACCAGCAGAGGGAAGUCGAAUCGAGUGUCGGGUUGACCGUGUGUGUGUGUGUGUGUGUGUGUGUGUGUGUGUGUGUGGCAGGACCGGUACUUCCCCAUGCCCUUGUUGUACUGCUCUAAUUUGCCUUGAUUUUUCCCGAUGAAUCAGCAGCUCUGGCUUAGUUCUCAGGGUGACACUGGGCUCCUGCUGUCUUUGAAAUCUGAACCUGCAGUUCCUUAUCACGUGAAGGUGGCUCAGCAGCUCCUGUUGCAAGUCAGGAGCAGUGAGUACACUUAGGAGUAUUCACCUACGCUGCUAAGAGUACACUCCUUGGUAAAGUCUGGCAGGCAUGAUGAAUUUCCAAGUGUUUUGGGAGCCUGCCAAUGAUAUCCCCUGCCCCCACCUAUUUCCAUCAAAAUGACAAAGAUUCGGUCCCACUGGGAAAACUCCUGCCCUUAAGGCAGGCAGCAGAUUAAACAAGAUCCGUCUUGUCCUCCCACACCUUUCUGUCCAAGGUGAACUGAUAACACAGUCUGAGACCGUCGCCUCUCUUGGUGGUUACCAAGUGAGUUACCUGCAGUGUCCAGUCAGUUAGAACAUAGCAAUAACUUCAUUUCUAGAUGAUCUGUGGUCACCAUCUGCUCCACUCCGCAAGAUACUGACUACUCUUUAUUUAUUUGCAUAAUUACUGCUAGUGAAGCAUCCACGCAGGUGCGGGAUGAGGGAGCUGUUCACGUUCUGUCCUGUUCAUGCUUCUCACCCAGGGAAGGAGAGGAGGAAAACCCAAAGCCAGUGUCUCAAUGGGGAUUGCUUUGUUUGGAGCUCUUGCUCUACGGGGUGUGACUGCUGCUUGUUGUGCUACCUGAGUUACACACUCAACUCAUGGAGGGAGCUGGGAUGAAAGGCUGUUCUGUUCUUGAAAUAAAAGUGACCAAUAGUAAAGUGCUUUUUUU